AUGGGUUCGCACAGUUCAUUCUCAGUGAUUGUACAUCCUCACCCGUCGCCUAACCGAGGCGCCUGCGCAUAUGAACUCGGACAUCCGAAUUCCAAGAACGCAUUGGUUUUUAUCGGUGGCCUAGGAGACGGACCUCACACCGUGCCUUACAUUAGGACCGUGGCCAAGCAUUUGGAAACUACAGGCAAAGAUGUUGACUUCUCUGUGUUCGAACUUCGGUUAAGGAGCUCGUUCAUCGGAUUUGGGACGUCGAGUCUAAGCAACGAUGUGGAUGAUAUCGCCGCUUUGGUCAAGUAUUUGCGAGGUUUGGGCAAAGAGAAGAUUGUCCUGUUUGGCCAUUCAACCGGCUGUCAAGAUUGCAUCGAGUACAGUGACUACGUCAAGCAUGGCAACCCACCAGUCGAUGGCUUCAUCAUGCAGGGACCAGUCUCGGAUCGUGAGGCCAUGGAGGGCAUUUUGUCCAGCUUUAAAGAAAGCAUCGAAUUAGCAGAGAGUUGGAUUGCCGCUGGACGGGCUAGGGAUUGCCUUCCCAACGACAAAGUCCCACGUUCGCUGGCUGCCCCAAUCUCUGCGUAUCGAUUCAAGUCACUUGCAGUAAAAGGCGGAGAUGACGACUACUUUUCGUCUGAUUUGGACGAUGCAACUGUGGCCAAUUUUUGGAGCCGGUUCAAUAAACCCGUGCUGGUAUUGCACUCGGGUUCGGACGAGUUUGUCCCAGAGCAUGUGGACCAGGCGGUCCAGAAUCAGAGAUACCAACAAGCAACCCCUUUUGUGAGCUCGCUGUCAGGGCUCAUCCCGGAUGCCGGACAUAUUGUCGAGGAAGAAGCGGCGAGAGAGUGGUUGGGCGUGAGAGUGGUGGACUUUCUGCGGACGCUGGAGAAAUGA